GCUCCACGUCGGCACCAGCUGUGGGGCAAGAUGGAGGUGCUGAUUUUGGAACCCUCCCUGUAUACUGUCAAAGCCAUCCUGAUUCUGGACAAUGAUGGAGACCGACUUUUUGCCAAGUACUAUGACGACACCUACCCCAGUGUCAAGGAGCAAAAGGCCUUUGAAAAGAAUAUUUUCAACAAGACCCAUCGGACUGACAGUGAAAUUGCCCUCUUGGAAGGCCUGACGGUGGUGUAUAAAAGCAGCAUCGAUCUCUAUUUCUGUGUGAUUGGCAGCUCCUAUGAAAAUGAGUUGAUGCUUAUGGCUGUUCUGAAUUGCCUCUUUGACUCCUUGAGCCAGAUGCUGAGGAAAAAUGUAGAAAAACGAGCUCUGCUGGAGAACGUGGAGGGGCUCUUCUUGGCUGUGGAUGAAAUCGUAGAUGGAGGGGUGAUACUAGAGAGGGAUCCCCAGCAAGUUGUACACCGGGGGGCAUUGAGGGGUGAAGAUGUACCCUUAACGGAGCAGACCGUGUCUCAGGUGCUUCAGUCAGCUAAAGAACAGAUCAAGUGGUCACUCCUCCCGUGAAGACCCCAGGCCUGGCUCCUCGCCCCCCUCAAAACUCUGCAUGUCUGCUGUGAUUUCUCAUCCAGGCCCAAACCGGUGCUCUCAGGGUCAUCUCCGGGAUUAUAAGGGAU